UGGAGGCUUUAACCAGAGACACGCCGUUGAAACUACAACUGCUGGAUCUCUCUAAAAACUGCUGAACAGGGAGACAUUUACCACCGCUUUAUUUUUACUAAACUCAGAAAACUUUUCAUUAAGGCUGUUUAGAUGCUUUUGUAUGGGGAGAUAUCGAACUUUUCUCCAGAAAGGAAAAGUUUUGUUUCUUUUUCAGUUUUCUUGGAGGGAAAUUCAGCUGAAGCUUCAUUAACUCCUGGAUUAAAGACAAGACUUUAUGAUUGUUGAAGCUGUUAAAUUUCAAUCCAAGACCUCUGAAAUAUUUCUGAAAUCUCCUGGUAUUGAUCCGUCCAUCAGCGCUGAUUCAUAGAUCUGAUUUAAGGGUCACUGUCAAAGCAGAAUUUGCAAAUAUAAAGGGGUCAAACGAAGGGAGUUUCAGAGAGGAAAUAGCUCUCCAGAAAAAUUUUUAAACCUCCCCGGCCUCGGGGGACCAUGAAGCGGCCGUGUGAGGAGAGCAGCUCUGCAGAGAGCGACGUGGAGGAGACCAUCGAUGUGGGCAGAGAGAGCGUCUAUCCUGGGCACAUGAAGGCAUCCUUUAUAAGAUGUGGAUCACCGACGACGACGACUCAAGUGAUGGCGAGGAAAAAGCGCAGAGGGAUCAUUGAGAAGAGACGCAGAGACAGAAUCAACAACAGCCUGUCAGAGUUACGGAGGCUCGUCCCCACCGCCUUCGAGAAGCAGGGUUCUGCCAAACUGGAGAAGGCUGAGAUUCUGCAGAUGACUGUGGAUCAUCUGAAGGUGCUGCAGGCGACUGGAGGGAAAGGUUAUUUGGACGCCCAUGCCUUUGCUCUGGACUUCCUGUCUCUGGGUUUUAGAGAGUGUCUGACGGAGGUUUCUCGCUACCUUAGCGCCGUGGAGGGCCUGGACUCUGCGGACCCUCUCCGUUCCCGCCUCCUCUCCCACCUCUCAUCCUGCGCCUCACAGCGCGAAGCCGCCGCCCUCUCUAUGACAUCAUCACAUCCUCACCUGCAGCAGCCUCACCUUUUACCUCACCCCUUCCACCCCCACCACUGGACGGCUGCAGUCGCAGCGUUCAGACCUGCCACUGCGGCACCGUACGGACUGAGUACGCUCCCUGUCUCUCCUGAUUCAGGUGGGGGCGGUGCCCCCCAGAGGCUGGUGGAGUUAUCACAACGCUGUGUGGCCUCCUACGCGGACUCCACCUCCGCCUCCCCUCCCUCCUCCUCCUCGUCUCUGAUGCUCCCCUGUGGCCCCGCCCCUCUCUCUGCCACGCUCCUCUCCUUCCCCAUCACCCUCCACUCAGGUUUCCCCCUCCUCCCUCCCUGCUCCUUCACCUCCACCACCUCCACCAGUCCUCCCAUCUCUUCCUCCUCCUCCUCCUCCUCCUCAUCCUCACAGACUCCUGUUAGCAGCAGUAAACCGUACCGGCCCUGGGGGACGGAGGUCGGAGCGUUCUGAUGGAUUUUACUGCAGACUAACUGCUGACUGUUUGACAGACUGACACUUUAAAAACCUUAAAAAACAUUAAACCCACUGGUUUGAACCUUUAUGACCCAUUAACAAGUCCCAUUAACCUUUAAGGUGUUUCUGACUCUAUUAAAACUGCUUUACUCUCCAAAUGAGCUUUUUUUAAUUCAGAAAAAUAAAGUCUAACUGAGGUCUACUUCAGUACCCUGUCUACUCCUGUCUAUCCUAAGGCUGAAACCAAACAUGGACUACUCAAGGCUUUUUAUUGAUCUCAUUUAGGACACGUUUAUGUUUUAUUAUUGAUUAUUUUGUAAUAUGAAAUCCUUCUUCGUCCAAAUCCUUGUAAUUGUGAACCAGAGUGCAUAUCAGCAACCACACACACUUAACCCCGGUGCACUCCUCCAGAAAAUGUUAAUAUUUCACCCCUAGUGUCCAGCUCUGAAAAGUGCUAUAAAAUAUUACUUAUGCAUGUCUUUUUUAUUUCACUGCAUUAAAUCUUUUAACCAG